UGUAAUGAGAUGAGGUCCUUGUAUGGAAAACUUUUCUUUGUCGCCUGUUUUUUAUAUGCGUUGAUGUUGUUAACCUCCUGGCACACAUCAAAGUCAGAUAACUUGCCAUUUCAGCUACAUUCGGUCUAUGAGAGGUUACUGCGGGCAGAAAAACAAGGGGAGGUCUUAUCAAAAGAACUGUCUAAAGUGCUUGGUCAACUUCAAAACCGCAGCAUUGCUACAUUGAAUCGCACAAUCAGCAACUCCUCAGCUAUAUUAGAAGAGAGGGUCCUUCGACACUUGUUGCCUUCACAGCCUAAUGCCUACAUCUACUUGCCUCACCUGAAGGAGCAUGAGGACAGUCUGAAACCCAUCGUUCACCUGGGGCAGCGACGCACUGGAGUGUCUCUGGUGUUAGGGGUGCCCACCGUGCACAGGCAGAAACAGAGUUAUCUAGUGAACACACUCCAGUCUCUCCUAUUUGACCUAUCAACUGCCGAGAGGAAAGAUAUUGUCAUUGUAGUCUUUAUUGCCGAGACAAAUGCCAGAUUUGUGAAAGCUGUUGUCCAGAGUGUACAGACCAAUCUCCCAGAUGCUGUCAGUUCUGGAGUGAUAGAGGUGAUCUCUCCAUCUCCUCACUAUUACCCAGACUUAAGUAACCUGAAGGAAACUUUUGGAGAUCCCAAGGAGCGUGUCAGGUGGAGGACCAAGCAGAACCUUGACUACAGUUUCCUUAUGUUGUAUGCACAGUCUAAGGGCACAUACUAUGUCCAGCUUGAGGAUGAUAUUGUAGCAAAACAAGGAUUCUUUGAGUCCAUGAAAAAACAUAUAGCGCAUGUGCUUUCAGAGGAGUGGCUUUUCCUGGAGUUUUCCCAGCUGGGAUUCAUUGGGAAGCUUUUCCGCACAUCAGAUCUACCAAUGAUUGUGGAGUUCUUCCUGAUGUUUCACAAAGAGAAGCCAAUCGAUUGGCUGCUCGAUCACAUCCUGUGGGUUAAAGUGUGUAAUCCUGAGAAAGACUCAAAACACUGCGAUAAUGAGAAGGCCCGACUGAAGAAAACUUACAAACCCUCCCUGUUUCAGCAUGUUGGUUUGCAUUCCUCACUCCCCGGUAAAAUUCAAAACCUAAAGGUUAAAGACUUUGGGAAUCAGGUGCUGUUCAAAGGUCACAAUAACCCACCAGCAGAACUCAGGAGCAGUCUGGAGAAAUAUCUGUCUCACACUCUGGAGCGAGCUUACAAUGGAGUGGACUUCUUCUGGGGCCUCACACCCAAAAGAGGAGAUUACAUCCUCAUUACUUUCAGCACACCCCAAGCUGUCAAAGGGUACCUUUUUCGAUCUGGCAAUAUUGAGACAAAUGGUGACAGGUUUUACAACACUACAGUGGAGGUGCUCCCUACUAAUAAAUCUGUGAAAGAGAGGGUGACGAGAGGAGAAUUAGCCUGCUGUAAACCCUCAUCUGAUGAUUUUGUUCAGAUAGGUUCCUUCAAGAACGGAGUGGCUGAGGGAGAAGUGGAUGGAGCGUUAGGAGAAACAGCGGCCAUGCGACUCCUGGUUCACUCUGAUUCUGAUGUCUGGGUCCUUCUCAGUGAGAUCUUUAUUAAAGUUUGAGCUGUUGAGAAAGGAGAAAUUUGAUCUGCAUGGUAACAUGUAAUACCUCCUGCUGUGGACAACAGCGCAUUCUGCUGGUCUGGAAGUGAACCUCUCUGUGCUUGUAUG